AUGGACAUCCAAGAAAGACAACCACUUUUAAAUUCAUCAGGUCACUCCAACAUUCUAUCUCACAGCUCCCAACAAGAACCACUCAGCCUUUUAUCCGAUGAUUUCUGUGAAGCAUACCCCGACACCUUACCAGGGACACCCUACAGAAAGAGCAUCAACUGGUCAAGCGCGUACAUAUUAGUUGUUUCGCGUGUGAUUGGGAGCGGUAUCUUCGCAACACCAGGCUCAAUCGUCAAAUCUGCCGGAAGUAUCGGGUUGACUCUACUAGUAUGGCUGGUUGGGACAAUAUUAUCAGCUUGCGGCCUAGCUGUCUCGAUGGAAUUCGGAUGUAUGCUACCUCGCUCAGGAGGAGAAAAGGUAUACCUCGAGUAUGCCUAUCCCCGACCGCGGUUUCUCGCAUCAACCCUUAUAACAGCCCAGAUAGUGCUCCUGGGGUUCACGGCGAGCAACUGCAUUAUCUUUUCGAAAUACACGUUCUUCGCGUUUAGUAUUGAGCCCACCGAGCUUCAGCAUAAAGUACUCGCUGUUGGUCUCUUGACUGCCAUUACUAUUAUCCAUGGAUGUUUCUUGAAAACAGGCAUCUAUGUCCAGAAUGCCCUUGGCUGGGUGAAGAUCUUCCUCAUUGGCGCGAUGUCCUUGACAGGAAUCUGGGUGGUUUUCCUCCGUUUUCAUGGUGAUACUGAUGAUAUAUCUCCAGUGUCAAGCUUCGGCAGUUCUUUUUCUUGGGAUUCAAUGUGGGAAGGAUCGAACUGGAGCUGGAGUCCGCUUUCCUCGUCUUUGUUCAAAGUCUACUAUUCCUACGCUGGGUUGAGCAAUGUGAACUAUGUUCUCAGUGAGGUCCGCGAUCCGGUGGGAAUAGUGAAGACCGUGUGUCCCACUGCACUACUUACCGCUGGCGGCCUAUAUUUUCUUGCGAAUCUUUCAUACUUCCUGGUCAUUCCGCUUGACGAGAUCAAAAAUAGCGGGGAAUUAGUCGGCGCACUGCUAUUUGAAAGAUUAUUCGGAGAACACGUCGGAAGAAUAUUCUUUCCACUUGCUAUUGCCAUUUCCGCUGCCGGGAAUGUGAUGGUGGUGACCUUUGCCUUAGCACGUGUGAAUCAAGAGAUAGCCCGACAAGGCUUUCUUCCAUGGCAAAACGUCCUCUCGUCCUUGCGGCCAUUUGGCACUCCACUGGGUGGACUUAUUGUACACUAUAUCCCUUCUGUGUUGGUCAUCGCCCUACCACCACAAGGGGACGUCUAUAACUUUAUUCUGGACUUGGAGGGAUACCCUGGACAAAUGUUUUCCUUGGCAGUUACAGUUGGUCUUCUGAUAGUACGAUACCGGGAGCCUCAUCUUCCACGGCCCUUCAAAGCCUGGUUGCCGGCUGUCUGGCUACGGAUUUUGGUAUGUUUAGUUCUUCUGGUAGCACCCUUCAUCCCGCCGCCGAAUUGGAAAGGGGACGUCGAUUUCUUCUAUGCUACCUAUGCACUUGUCGGAAUUGGAAUUGUACUCUUUGGGGUUCUCUACUGGUAUGUCUGGACAGUGUUACUCCCACGGUGGGGAGGCUAUCAACUUGAAGAAGAGAAGGAGAUUCUGGACGAUGGGACUAGCAUCAUCAAGCUCGUUCAUUCAUAUGAUAAUUGA